GUGGCCGGUGCGGGGCCGCAAGGCCGGGCCGUGUCGGGGGGCCGGGAGCCGUCGAGUCUGCACGCCCGCAACGUGGCCGCCCGGCUUCCGCAGGAAACACUGAAUGGGCCUCGGAGCCAGAAUGUUGGCUACCAGGGUAUUUAGCCUAGUUGGCAAGCGAGCAAUUUCCACCUCUGUGUGUGUACGAGCACAUGAAAGUGUUGUGAAGAGCGAAGACUUUAUGCUCCCAGCUUAUGUGGAUCGGCGUGACUAUCCCUUGCCGGACGUGGCCCAUGUCAAGCACCUGUCUGCCAGCCAGAAGGCCUUGAAGGAGAAGGAGAAGGCGUCCUGGAGCAGCCUCUCCAUGGAUGAGAAAGUCGAGUUGUAUCGCAUUAAGUUCAAGGAGAGCUUUGCCGAGAUGAACAGGCGCUCGAAUGAGUGGAAGACGGUUGUGGGCACUGCCAUGUUCUUCAUCGGCAUCACCGCGCUCGUUAUCAUGUGGGAGAAGCUCUAUGUGUACGGCCCCCUCCCGCAAACCUUUGACAAAGAGUGGGUGGCCAUGCAGACCAAGAGGAUGCUGGACAUGAAGGUGAACCCCAUCCAGGGCUUAGCCUCCAAGUGGGACUACGAAAAGAACGAGUGGAAGAAGUGAGUGAAGCUGGCCUGCGCCUGCCUCUGUCACCUCCAUGCAACUCCAUGCCUAUUUACUGGAAACCUGUUAUGCCAAACAGUACUACUGCUAAUAAAAUGACCAGUUUACCUGAAA